UUCCAUUCUCAUUCCGCGCCCGCGCCCGCGCCACUCUGCUACACUCGUCGGUCGUCGCUCGACACGUACACGACGCUCGCUCGCUCGCCAGACAAAAAUGUGUUACGGGUCAUUAGUGCACUAAGUUUCUAGUGACAGUGUUCGUGUGUUAAACACCUAGAAACUUUUGUUUUUUUUUCGCUCCCUCCAAGGACAUAUUCUAAAGGAUGAUGGCUCCCGAGACAGUGGUGACCGUAGACCCCAACAAGCCUUCCCCGCAGCAAGCGCCGCCGCCGCAGCAGCAAGGCGGACCGCUAGACUGGAUCAAAAUUAACAUAGAUUACUUUAAAGCACCACCGGGAUUGUUAAAGAUCGUCCAAUUGAUCAUCGGCAUCCUGUGCAUGGCGCUGGGCUCGCCGUGGGCAUCCGCAUGGUUCGUCUUCGUCGCCGUCACCUCCUUCAUCACCACUCUCAUGUGGAGUUUCGUCUACUUACUCAGCAUCAGAGAAGCUUUAAAAUUACCCAUCAAUUGGGUCUUAUCUGAAUUGAUCAGCACGAGUUUGGAGACGUUCUUUUAUCUGAUCGCAUUUAUAGUGAUGUUUACGACGGUCACUGGACACUAUGCGAGCAACGUUGCAGCCGCUGUAUUCGGUAUGUUCAACACGCUGGCGUAUGCAGCAAGUUCAUUUUUGCUGUUCAAGGAGCACAAAGCCAGCGUUGCGGCGGCUUCGUGAAAUCUAUUCUCCUGCGCAGGCGCAUUAUUUUGAACAAUGUUUUGUUGUCUUUUCUUUCAAUUCACUUCACUGAAACCUGUUAGGGUUUCUAUUUGUACAGAAGUCAUAGUAAAAAUUUUGAAGGUUUAGAUUCAAGAUAUAUUCCAUAGAUACAUUUUUCUCUUUGUACUGCAUUUUUUAACAUUAACUUAAAUACUAGAAACACUUUUAAAUUUAUAUAAAGGCACUAUUUUAAAUUAUUAUUUGGACUAUAAGAGCUAUGUAUCAAUAAAUAAGGCCAUAGAUUUUGUACCUACUUUUGUUAAGGAAGUAUAGAGUUUAAUACGGUUUAUCAUUUUCUAUUUAUUAUUUUUAAUGUGUUCAUUACGAAUGUGUUGACAUUAUGACUUUGUUAUAGCCUUUAUUUAAAAUUUGAUUAAUUUAAUAUGUGUAUUUUUAAAAAUAUAUGUUAAAAAAUUGACUAAAUAUAUAAAAUUAAUAUGCACAUAUUUUCUAUUCAUAAUGUAUGACACGUUAUUCGUGGUUGUUUUUGUAAUACUUACAUUUUAGCUUAGCUAGUCUUAAUAAGGGUUCACAAAAUAAUAUAUUUUUUAUUAUAUCUACUUUAUAACGAAAAUCAAAACCAAUGUAAUCGAUCAUGUACUGCGUUUGUGAGGGUUUUAAAACAAUAAUAGCAAAUUCCACUUUCCCGAAGUAUUUUAAAAAUAUAAUUAUCUCUGUUUUUUUAUAUGAGUGGGAUAGAAAUGUUUUUAUAUGUGCUUCGAUAACAGAAAUAUACAGUUAGAAAGCCUAUUUUAUUGCUGUUUAUUUAUAUAUUUUAAGAUUAGAUCGGUUGAGGUACAUACUCGUAUCGUGUGUAGUAUGCAGAAUACCUAAACAGUACUGUGUAAGAAACUCGAACAAAAUUAUUUUAAUUCACUCGAUUACGUUUCAAAGAUUUAAACAUCGUUUUAUUAUGUACGUGUUAAUAUUUGAUACCUAAGUUUGUAAGGACAUUAAACGCCCAAUAGUUAAUUUAACUAAUUUGUAAAAAGUAAAUAAAGUUUAUUUUAACAUUCUAA